AAACACUCCAUCAAUAUGUUAGAUGAUACAGAGAGUAAAAAUGAUUCAGCGAUUUCCGAUGAGCAGCGAGAGAUCCAGCGUCAGCAGAUGAACAACAGCGCGACUCAAGAGUCUCCGCCGCCGAAAUCCACAGCGAAGAUAAAAAAGACUGUCAUAACAGAAGAGUACAAGAUUACGGAACAGGUGCUCGGAUUAGGCAUCAACGGCAAAGUCUGGGCGAUUUUACAGAAGAAAAGUGGCCAGAAAUAUGCUUUAAAGAUGCUGCAGGACACCCCUAAAGCCAGACGAGAAGUAGAGCUUCACUGCAGGGCAUCGGCCUGUCCAUGUAUUGUAGAAAUUGCAGAUGUCUUUGAUAAUCUCUACCAAGGAAAAAAGUGUUUGCUUCUCAUCAUGGAGUGUAUGGAGGGAGGAGAACUCUUUCGCCGCAUACAGGAGCAUGGUGAUCAAGGUUUUACUGAAAGAGAAGCCUCUGAAAUAAUGAGGAGUAUUGGAGAAGCUGUUGAGUUUCUGCAUGGUAUUAACAUUGCACACAGAGACCUCAAGCCAGAGAAUUUGCUGUACACAUCGAAGCACCCUGAUGCCCAGCUCAAGCUCACAGACUUUGGAUUUGCAAAAGAAACCACAACUAACAAAUGCUUGACAACCCCAUGCUACACACCUUACUAUGUGGCCCCAGAGGUGUUUGGUCCAGAGAAAUAUGAUAAGUCAUGCGAUAUGUGGUCAUUAGGAGUCAUCAUGUACCUUCUGUUAUGUGGAUAUCCUCCUUUCUACUCAAACCAUGGUUUACCAAUCUCCCCAGGAAUGAGAUCUCGCAUAAGGAACGGCCAGUAUGAAUUUUCUAGGCCUGAAUGGUCAGCAGUGUCAGAGGAAGCCAAGCAGCUCAUUCGCCAGUUAUUGAAAACUGAUCCAACGGAGAGAAUGACCACCACAGAGUUCAUGAACCAUUCUUGGAUUAAUAAAUCACUAACUGUCCCUCAGACGCAUUUACACACAAGUCAAGUUCUUAAAGAAGAGAGUCAUGUGUGGGAAAAGGUCAAGGAGGAGAUGACUAAUGCCCUGGCAACCAUAAGAGUGGACUAUGAACAAAUAAAGAUCAAAGCGAUCAAAGACUCAUCCAAUCCUCUUCUGGCAAGGAGAAGAAAGAGAAUGACAGUAACAACCACAAAAGAGGCAGCAUAACCAAGACAAAGACACGUUAUUUUGUGGCUCCUUUAAAAAUCGUAAAUAUCUGCUGGGUUUUGUCGUGGCAAGAAGUUGAUCAGCCAAUGUUGAAAGAAUUCACAAAGACCAGAGAGCCAGGUUUCAAGAGGUUUCAAUCUUUAUUUGCUCGAGCAAGCAAAGUGAGACACACAGAGUUCAUCUGUAGAUGCCUAACAAUUACACUUCUGACUCCAUCUUUUAUACACUGUUCUCAAGUCGUUAUCACAGUUUAAACCAAUCAUAUUUACCUGACAUCACCUUCUCCCAAUCAGGUUCUGCAUGACAUCACUUAUUUUUAUUAGUCCAUCCCCGUAUGACUCGUUACAGUUACAUUUCAUCCUGCACUUGCUACAGUUAUAUUUCCAGCCUACCAUAUUAGGAUUUAAUCGUAGGGAGCGCCUCUCAAUCAACACAUACGUAUAUCAUGUGCUCUUUAUCUUGACACCUUUCUGGGGGCUUUCGGGCGAUACAUGAUUUAACAUUGGUUUUAUUAAAAAUGAACUCAUGGUUUGAUAAUGAGCACCCCAGCGUCCUUGGCUGUAUGCGAUAAAUUAAACUUCUCUACAAAAGUGUGUGGUUUUAUUAAAAAUGAGCUCAUUGUUUAGUGAAAAUGAUAAACAA